ACGUUCAUAAAUGAUGACGUAAGGUUGCAGCUCGUACCGAGCUGGCGAUUCGUGGUACGUGGUAACGGCCUGUCAGUGAACCUCGGACGGAGAUGGGGACGCAAAAGCCCGGAGAAUGGGCGAAUUUAGUGCUCGCGCGUUUCGAGGAUCAGCUGCCGUGUCGUUCCGGUCCCGAGAGUCCCCAUUCUCGGGUGAACGAAAAGAGGAGCAAGAAAUGCCUGAUAGAGAUCUCGCGGUACCGCUUCUCCCUCGUUAUAUCUGGCCUUACGAAGAUGCUGCAGCGAGUCAACGAGCUGGCCCCGAGCACGAGCAGCCAGCGGCCGUACCAAUCCAAGGAGCAAGAUCGGCAGGAAUCCAUCAUCAUCGUUCUGGACACGCUGGAGAAGUGCCUGGCGAACACACCAAAGGACACAACGAAAUUCGAGGAGGCGACGAACGUGAAGCUGCUGCUUCGGGAAAUAUGCCAGUUCAUAGGCAUGCCCUACGACAGUCCGCAGACGAAAAUGAUAAAGGAUUUAGCGAGUAAAGUGCUGUUCGCCCUGAGCCUGAAUUUCUUCAACGCGGUCUUCAAUCGGAUAUCGGCCAGGCUGCAGGAACUGUCCAACAGCGGGGACGAGAAUUCGGACUACAGCGACAUCGAGCUGAUGCAGUAUAUCAACGUCGAUGUCCACAGAUUGACCAGGCUCCUGAACGAAAUUAUACUGAAAGUCCGGCAACUGAUCGGCAAGAAGUCGGCGUAUCUCGUGCUUAUGAAUCCCCUGGAGAAAGCCAUCUGGAAUUGGAUGGACACGUAUCCGCACGAAUUCGCCGAGGUGCAGAGGCAGCCUAACGAGGAUCUCAGUAGGGCGUGCGAGGAGUUGUUCGACAUCCUCGACACGUUCGUCGUCGAGAAGAAGAGCCGCGCGGCCGCCGUCGUAUGGCCGUUGCAGAUGAUGCUGCUCGUACUCUCGCCCAAGGUGCUGGAGAUCGUGAACGCCGACUCCGGGCCGCCCGAUUCGCCACGUUAUUCGAAAAAGAAGCAAUUCAUCGACAGCGUGAAACGCAGCCUGAAGAUGCACGGUAGCUCCUCCAGUCGCCAACUGUCCGAGGCCGCGGCUGUCACGUGCGUCAAUCUCACCAAGGCGGCGACGUACGUCAGCACCGCCGAAUCCGGCAACAACGUCGUCCUGACUCUGGUGCAUCAGCUGAUGGACGAUCUGAUGAGCCUUCUCUUCAACCCCUCGAAGCCAUUCUCACGCGGGCAGAGUUACAACGCGCAGGACGUCGACCUGAUGAUCGAUUCCUUCGUCAGCUCCUUCCGUAUCAAUCCACACAACAACGAAGUUUUUAAGUUUUGCCUAAACGUCAACUACCCGUCAACGUACCAGUUCGUCCUAGUCAGCUCAUUAUACAAAAUCUUCACGCAACCGAGAUUACCGUGGUGGCCGGAGAUCAGUCUUGUAUACUCGUACGGCACGGAACUCAGGAAUAUGUUUACCGAUACUCUGAACAAGGUGACGCAGAACUGCAUCUGGAUUACACCGCUGCGCAUGAUUCACAACUUUACCAAACCUAAAGAGGACAUGACCAAUUCCAAAAAUCUGUUGUUGGUGAUGGUGCGACUCAUUCACGUGGAUCCUAUGUUAAUGUUGCACAGUUACGGCACAGCUGGCCACGAAAUACAAAGGUCUACUUUAGAAUUGAUUAACGGACUUGUUUCAUUAGUCCAUCAGUCCACAAUGCCGGACAUCGCCCACGAAGCGAUGGAGGCUCUGCUAGUGCUGCAUCACCCGGACAAGAUCAAAGCGUGGAAUCCGGAAGCGCCGCUCCACACUUUCUGGGACGCCAGUUCGCAAGUCGUCUUCUCGAUCUCCCAGAAAUUGAUUCAACAUCAAAUCUUCAACUACACGACUAUACUCAAGUGGCUCCGCGAGAUACUGAGUUGCAGGAACGCUUUCCUUUCUCAGUAUAAGGAUUACGCGAAUGUGGACAGCCACAUUGCGAUCAGUAAACAAGCGCAUGUUAAACUUGAGGUCGUGUGCUUGAUGUAUUUAUGGAGUAUAGAUAUGGAGGCCGUUUUGGUAGCCAUGUCCUGUUUUGCACUAUUAUGCGAAGAGGCUGAAAUUCUUUGUGGCAGCGACGAGGUAGCGGUGACCUGUCUGCUUCCAAAUUAUCAAUUGUAUUUAGAAUUGGCACAGGCUUCGACUGUAUUGAUCUCUGCCCACGGAGAGACUCGACCAUGUUAUCAAGAAUAUAAUUACGGACGUGCCACAUUACAAAAAAAGAUAUUAUCUUUGUUGCGAAAAAUAGAACAUUGCGUGAAUGGCAUUCAACCGGCUUGGGAAGAAACGUUUAGAAACUGGGAAGCGACUUCGCGACAAUUAUCCAGUUAUCCCAAAAGCAAGACUGAGGACGUACAGGUAGAGCCUGUAUUUUGUCGCGGCAAUGUAAAACGGAGAGCGGCGCAUCAGAAUUCGGAGCAUGAAAUGGAAGAACAAAUCAAUGAGUGGGCCAACAUGACCGGAUUUCUUUGUGCUUUGGGCGGAGUAUGCCUGCAACGUCGUUCACCUAAUCGAUCGUAUGGUGUAUUCCCUUUUAAUUCCGAUAAAAAGUUGACGAAACAACAGGAUUCUGUCACGGGUUUAAAUUCCAAUCAAGAAGCACAGCACUGCCCGGUGACACAAUUUGUAUUGAACUUACUACGAUUAUUAAUUUGCAACAACGAGAAACUUGGCAGUCAAAUACAGAAGCAUGUGAAGGAGUUGGUCGCGCACGAGAUGAGCCCCGCCCUGUAUCCAAUACUGUUCGAUCAGAUAAAAAAUUUCGUCGAGAAGUUCUUCGAUCCACGCGGGCAUGUGGUGGUAUCGGAUUUGAACACGCAAUUCAUUGAACACACUAUAUUUAUAAUGAAAAACAUUCUGGACUCGAAGACGGAUCAACCGUCGGAAUCUCUCGGGGUGACCAGCAUCGAAGGCAUGAUGCUGGCAAUCGUCAGAUACGUCAGGCAUUUGGACAUGACGGUGCAUUUUAUUUGUAUUAAAACCAAAUUAUGCCAGCUGGUUGAAGCUAUGAUGAAAAGACGGGACGAUCUGGCGUUUAGACAAGAGUUGAAAUUUCGCAACAAACUAGUUGAAUAUUUAACCGAGUGGGUAAUGUGCACACAUCCCUUUUCCUCAACGACGGCCAGCGAUAUCAUAACUUACACCAGAGAUUUGGAUCAAGCUUGCAUGGAGGCGGUAGGAGCAUUGUUACGUGGACUUCCACUUCAGCCUGAAGAUUCUGAUCGUGUUGAGUUGAUGGAAGCAAAGUCUGAACUAUUUUCGAAAUAUUUUAUGCUCUUCAUGAAUUUAAUAAAUUACUGCAAUGAACCAUCAUCAUCGUCGGAGGACAAGGAUAUGUCUCGGCAGUCGCCUACUUUAACGACUAACAAGCUAACCACUUUACGCAACACUACCAUUCAAGCUAUGAGUAAUCUUCUCAGUGCGAAUAUAGACAGUGGCUUGAGGCACUCGAUACAUUUAGGCUAUAACGCAGAUCUCCAGACGAGAGCCGCAUUUAUGGAAGUAUUGACUAAAAUCCUUCAGCAGGGAACGGAGUUUGAUACCCUCGCGGAGACUGUCCUGGCGGACAGAUACGAGCAAUUAGUUCAACUUGUAACGAUGAUCAGCGAUAAAGGCGAAUUGCCUAUCGCCAUGGCGCUGGCUAACGUAGUGACGACAAAUCAAAUGGAUGAGUUGGCUCGUGUCUUCGUGACACUCUUUGACGCCAAGCAUUUAUUAUCACCUCUGUUGUGGAAUAUGCUUUACCGAGAGGUCGAGCUAACUGACUGCAUACAGACUCUCUUUCGCGGUAACACUCUGGGAAGUAAGAUCAUGUCCUUCUGCUUUAAAAUUUAUGGCACCAGCUACUUGCAAGGCUUGCUCGAGCCUCUUAUCAAACCCCUACUGGACGAGCCUAAAAUUAGUUUUGAAGUAGAUAGCGCAAGGAUUCACCCUAGCGAAAAUAUCGAGCAAAACGGUGACAAUUUAAUCGUGUUGACACAAAAAGUGUUCAAUGCCAUCGUAUCAUCGGCAGAUACGUUUCCUCCACAGCUGCGCUCGAUGUGUCACUGCCUGUAUCAAGUAUUGUGCAAGAGAUUUCCGCAAUCUCCGCAGAGUAACAUCGUGGCUGUAGGAACGGUGAUAUUUUUACGUUUCAUUAAUCCUGCCAUUGUCUCGCCCCAAGAGAUGGGUAUCGUGAAUAAACCGAUACCGCUUGAAGUCAAACGAGGCCUCAUGCUUAUGUCAAAGAUAUUGCAGAACAUUGCGAAUCACGUGGAGUUCAGCAAGGAGCAGCAUAUGCUGCCUUUCAACAAUUUCUUGAGAACGCACUUCGAGAUCGGUCGACGGUUCAUCAUACAGAUCGCGUCGGAUUGCGAAACAGUUGAUCAAACCAGUCAUCCUAUGUCAUUCGUUUCGGACGCUAAUGUCUUGGCGUUGCACAGGUUGUUGUGGAAUCAUCAGGAAAAAAUUGGCGAUUAUCUUAGCAGUAGCAGAGAUCACAAAGCUGUCGGGAGGAGACCCUUCGAUAAAAUGGCCACGUUAUUAGCGUACCUUGGCCCACCCGAGCAUAAGCCAGUGGAUUCCCACUCGCUUUUCUCGACCGCUUACGUUCGCAUGUCACGAUGGGCGAACAAAGACAUGUCAUCGACUAAUUUUGAAGAGAUCAUGAUGAAGCAUAAUAUGCGCGAGAGGGAAGAGUUCAAAAGCAUCCAGAGCAUGAAUAUUUUCUAUCAAGCAGGCACCAGCAAGCAAGGCUAUCCAGUGUUUUACUAUAUUUCACGACGAUUCAAACUUGGCGAAACGAACGGCGACCUACUGAUAUAUCACGUCAUUCUAACUUUAAAACCCUUUUAUCACUCUUCAUACGACAUAGUCGUCGAUUUUACUCACACGUGUUCAGAUAAUCGGUUUAGGGCAGAAUUUUUGCAAAAGUGGUUUUACGUUCUACCUGAGGCAGCCUAUGAGAAUCUCCACGCGGUAUACAUUUACAAUUGUAACAACUGGGUACGCGAAUACACGAAGUAUCACGACAGUAUCCUGGCGCCGUUGAAAGGUAAUAGAAAGAUUGUCUUCAUCGACGGCCAGGGGAAAUUGAACGACGUGAUCGAUGUCGAGCAACAGAAAUUACCCGGAGCGACAAUAUCCCUGGACGAAGACUUGAAAGUCUUCACCGGCGUCUUGAAACUGUCUCACAAGGAGAUGAGGGUGUCUGUGAAGAUCGGACCAACGACCCUACAGAUAACGCACACGGAUAGAUCUAAAGUGUUGUCGCAGUCGGUUCUCUUAAAUGACGUCUAUUAUGCGUCCGAGAUAGAAGAAGUUUGCCUGGUGGACGACAAUUCAUUCGUGCUGACCAUUUCCAACGAAGCAGGCCCGCUGACUUUCGCCCACAACGAUUGCGACAGCAUCGUGCAGAAUAUAAUUCACAUAAGGAACCGCUGGGUGCUGUCGCAGCCGGAUUCCAUGUCCGUUCACUCGAAGAUCAGGCCUAAGGACGUGCCCGGUACUCUACUGAACAUGGCCUUACUGAACCUCGGCAGCCCGGAUCCCAAUCUCCGGACCGCCGCGUACAACCAUCUGUGCGCGCUCACCGCGACGUUUGGAUUGAAGAUAGAGGGUCAACUGUUGGAAACGUCCGGUAUCUGCAUACCAUCGAACAACACCAUUUUCAUCAAGCACUUGAGCGAGACUCUGGCGGCGAACGACCCGCAUCUCACGCUCGAGUUUCUCAAAGAAUGCAUACAAGGCUUCAGGGAGUCGACCAUCGAGCUGAAGCAUCUAUGCCUGGAAUACAUGACGCCGUGGCUCAGCAACCUCGUGCGAUUUUACAAGCCCCACGACGAGGGCGGCAAGCGGCAGAAGCAAGUCACGGAGAUCCUGGACGAUCUGAUCACGUUGACCGUUCAGGAGAUUGAGAUGUAUCCGAGUAUACAGGCCAAGAUUUGGAGCACGAUCGGCAUGCUGCCGGAACUGAUAGACGUUGUCCUCGACAUUUUUCUCCAGCGUAGCGCGGGAUACGGUUUAGGCUCGCCGAUGGCCGAGAUCAUGGCGGAUACCGCGGUCGCUCUGGCGUCCGGUAACGUGCAACUGGUCGCCAAGAAGCUGAUUAACAAGGUAUGCCGAAUAGUGGACAAGACGUGCAUGUCGCCGACGUCGCAGCUGGAGCAGCAUAUAAUGUGGAGCGACAUAGCGAUCCUGGCGAGGUAUCUCCUGAUGUUGUCCUUUAACAACUGUCUCGACGUAGGGAAGCACUUGCCGUAUAUCUUUCACACGGUGACGCUGCUCUUGUGCUCCGGCAGCCUGACCAUGCGAGCUUCCACUCACGGUCUGGUGAUCAACAGUAUUCACUCGUUAUGCACAUGCAGCUCGCCCUCGUUUUCCGAGGACACGCACAGGAUACUGCGGAUGAGCCUGGACGAGUUCUCGUUGCCGAAAUUUUACCUGUUGUUCGGCAUCAGCAAAGUGAAGUCGGCCGCCGGCACGGCUUUCUACAAACACCCGAAAUCCAGCUGUAAACACGCGAAUGAAAAGUGGUUUAGCAACGAGAGGAGUUCGUAUGGUACGCAGGACAAGGAGAGACUUUACUUGACCAGUCUGGAAGUCAUAACCGACGCUCUUCUGGAAAUCAUGGAGGCCUGCAUGCGGGACAUCCCGACGUGCGAUUGGUUAAAGAUUUGGACCUCGUUGGCGAGGAACUUCGCCUUCUGCUUAAAUCCAGCUUUGCAGCCGAGGGCGCUCAUCGUUUUCGGUUGUAUCAGCAAAAGCAUAACGGAUCAAGAUAUGAGACAACUGCUGAAGAUACUGAUGAAGGCGCUCGAAAGUUUCAACGAUAUUAAUCUUAUGGAAGCUAUUGUCAUGUGCUUAACGCGAUUGCAACCUCUCCUGAGACCCGAAUCGCCAAUACAUCGGUAUUUAUUCUGGGUUGCCACAUCCGUUCUCGAGUUAGACGAAACGUCGUUAUACGCUUCCGGCCUAGCCCUCCUCGAGCAGAACCUGCAUACGCUUGACUCGCAGGGCACCUUCGACGAGAAGACAUUGGAACACGUAAUGAUGUCAACGCGUGAAUCUUUGGAGUGUCAGUUCAAACAAUUAGAUCACACCGUGGGCUUGUCAUUUAAGUCUAACUUUCAUUUCGCGCUGGUCGGUCAUCUUCUGAAAGGCUACAGGCAUCCUACGCCGACUACAGUCUCCAGGACGGUCAGAGUGUUGACUAUGUUGCUGGCAAUCGUGGCUAAACCCUCCAAAAGGGAUAAAUUCGAAGUAACGCCCGAAAGUGUCCCUUACUUGGCCGCGUUAGUAGCUGUGUCAGAAGAGGUUCGCAGCAGAUGUCACAUCCGACAUUCGCUUGACAAAAGCUUGCACGAUUCGUCAGGCAGCUCGGACGUUCUCGAUACUCUACCAUCGCGCAAUACGGAUAUGCCGUCUAACCCAACGAGUAGAAGACAGAAGACCUGGGAUUUACUGGAUCAAUCGGCACUUACUCAAGCGAAGCAACAGAAACAAUCUGCACAGCGAUCCUUGAGCGUGCCGAGCACAAAGGACGACAAGUCGACGGACAACACAGAGCAGCAGAGAGACCGCAGCACCAGAGUGAGCCUAAGCAACGAAAAUAACGUGUUACUCGAUCCGGACGUCUUAACGGACUUUUCAACGCAGACUCUGGUGCUGACCAUGCUGGCCACGCUGGUGAAGUAUUCCACCAAUGAAAACGAAACGCGGUUCCUCUAUGAGUACCUGGCGGAAGCAACUAUAGUUUUCCCAAAGGUUUUUCCAGUCGUACAUAAUUUACUCGACGCGAAGAUCAACAGCGUAUUGUCUUCCUGUCACGACCAAGCGAUACUGAAUGCGGUUCAAACUAUCAUACAGAACAUGAUAGCCUGCGAAGACGCGAAUCAGCAACAUCAUUUGCAACACUAUCUGCAGAGCUGCGGAUUCCGCGGUCUUUGGAGAUUCGCCGGCCCCUACACGAAUUCUAACUGCACGCCCGAGAGUGCCGAAUUGUUUGUGAAUUGUCUGAAGGCGAUGGUGGAAUUGUGUUUGCAAGAAUCGAAUAGUAAAGAGACAAUUAGCAGGAAGAGUAAAUGGGCCGGUAGCUGUCACGCGGAUUUUGCGAAAGCAAGACCACACGCUGGAAUUGUCCAGGAACAAUCUCGUACAUCAAUAGAGACCGACGCAUCUACCGUUCACGUAGAUCAUACGGAGACGAGGCGAAACGAUUCGGUUGAUGCGCACCAAACUGAGGAUACGGGUGGCGGUGACGGUGGCGGUUCACAACCUUAGCAAUUAAUUUGUGACACUGACCGGCAAUGCGAUAAAGGUGUGCGUAAGAAGCAAACUAAAGGAAAGUUACAGACGGCAGACGAAGUGUGUGAACUCUAAGUAAUCGCAUUGUAAAUCUAGAACCUCGCACACAUUUAUCCCGUUAUUAUUGCUGCAACAUGUCCAGUCAGUUUAGUACAAUGCCGUCCACGUCACGAUAAUGAGCCUACAGAAGUGGAAGUCAACGAAAGCUACGUUUCCGACGAACGUCAUUUUAUUUCUAUUAGCGAUAUGUGUUGACAACUUUUCUUUUUUUUAAAGCUUUUUAAGCGAUCUUGUGAUCAUUUUAUUAAUCGUACGAAACUUACUGUCCCAGCGUGACAGUUUUUGCUACGAGAUUGAAGUAUUAUACCAUAUGUAUUGUCAGCGUUUUUUUACAACGAACUUGGAAAAUUUGCGUUGAGAGCAUAAAUUUUCUCGUAAAAUCGGACUUCAGCAAAUUGGAAUGUACAGUGCAUUUCAUCAUGAUUUAGCGUUCACAAAUAGAAAAUGAUUUACACGAUCAGUUUUGUCAGAGAAAAAUAUGUUGAAUCAGCAACGAGUAUUGUAUAUGUUCGAUAUUUUUCUCGUGAUUACUCGCACAUAAUUUAUUGACUGAUUCUGCCAUGAUCGCAAUACAAUACAUAUACAGAAUCUCAAUGGCCCAUAGAGAAUCAACCGCGAGAAGCAGACAAGUAAAAGUUUAAUAAGCAUCUCUCGCAAUUUUUUCGCGUUAUACUUAGACAUAUGUAUUAAGUGUGACGCUUCUAUUCGCAGGAGAAUGUAUUGUUUACGAUUUAUUUUUAAGCAGUCGUAAUAUAUUGUAAACAAUUUUAUUAUUCUACUUACGAAAGAAUCUCCAUUGGUCCUCUAGGGUCCUAAGAAAAUGCGAUUGCGCCAGAUGUAACUUUCUACGCGAGGACCGCGUGUCGCUCCUUCUCGUAUGCCGUUGCAUAUAUGGAUCUCAACAAUGCACAGAUGAUUUGGACCAGUGGCGCCUGUUGUCUCAAGGCGUUCGAAGCCCCGGGACGAAUAAUUUCUAGAUUUAUCAAAAGAAACACCAAUAUACGUGUAUAUUGUCUACUUAUUAAAGUACAAAGCGAGACCAAGCGAUAUCUUCUCCGUAAAACUGUAAACGUAAGCCGGGACAUUUUUAGUAAUAAGGAGAAGCGGGAGGGACUAUAGCGAAAAAUGUAAAUCGAAAGAUCUCGCACUUGUGUUAGCAACAAUGGAAUACCAAGUGCCAGGGAUCGUGUUAAAAUAGUAUUUUGACGUACGUGUACCGCGACGAAUACUCGCCCCGUUUUAAUUUUUAAAUUUUCAUUUAUUUAUUUAGGUGAACUUCUUUUGACGCCAUAAGCAAGUGUGACAUAUAUAUAUAUAUAUAUAUAUAUAUAUAUGUAUGUAUAAAUAAUAAGAUGUCAGAUUGAGAAAUGAUUGAGAAAUGAUAUUUUUGUGCGCGCGGCUAUGCAGAAUGAAUAGCAGCUUCUUAACGGCACUAUAGAGCGAUUGUUAGAAGUUUGAGAGAUGUAUUUGUACAUAGUGCGUUGUAUAAUGUUUGUACAAUCGUGGCGAUUUUGUAAGUUGACUUUUGUGUUCGUAUUGUAUCUGUAUUUUUAGACGAGUUUUUAGAGACGCAUGAAGGAAAUUCGUCGUACGAUGAAUCGAUGAAUUUCGAAAUUAAUGCGAUAAUUUCUAUAUGUAUAGAGCUUUUUCCGAGCUUGUACUUAAUACGAAUGAAUUUACGUUCAAGUCAUUAAUUACUAUUACAAUGAGCUUUGAUCUUAUUAAACGUGCGCUAGUCAUAUUUUAAAGUAUCGAAAAGCUCGAAGUAAGUUUUUUUUAUAAUGUUUUUUUACACUUAGGUCGGUAUUCAUAAUCAUAAAUAAUUUGCAAUCUUUGAUUGAGAGCGUAAUCAAUUAUAGAUUCAUAUUUUGAAUUCAUAUUUCACAGAUCUUUAUUUUAUAAAUCUGUGUUUCAAAAAUCUGUUAUUAUUUGUCUCUGAUUAUUAGCUCAAAUAAUCAGAGAUUCAUCACAUAAUGCCAUGACAAUUUUUCUGUUUAACAUUUUUUUAAAUCUGAGAUUAUUUAAAAAAUAUCUAUACAAAAUUUCAUUAUCUAAUAAUUUAGUAUUAGAUUACUAUAACUAUUAUAUGAUUGAUGAUGUGAUAGAAGAAAAAAGAUGAUAAAAAUGAUUUUAAUAAUAAUUAAGUUACUUCAUCGAUUCAUCAAUCUGAGAUUAUCAAAAUGACAAGUAAUUCAUAAAUCAAACGUUUCUUGAAUUAACGACUAUGAAUUCUUGUAAAAAAAUUAAAUAGAUUGACGAAUAAUCAGAUUUAUGAAAUUGUGAUUCAAGUAAUUAUUGAGUAUGAAUACCGGCCAUAGUUUUUAUUCCUACUAAUUGUUAUAAACUUUGUCAGUCCGGUAAUCUCACCAUGACAUGUAUAAACUAAUUUUAAAUUAAUGAUUUAUAUUCACUCAUCGAAUACUGAUUCAUACUCGCUAAUUUAUAAUAAUUAAUUCGCGCAGUUCGGAUCUGUUAAGCGCAUCCGUAACUGCCGUGUGUUAUCACGCGUCUUGUUGUCUUAUACCAAAGGUGUAAAUCGUCCCUAGGCUGCGUUAGACAAGACGAUUAAUUCAUUAAGAAUUAAGAAAGAUAGACGAUCGCGAUAAUCGUAAAUUGCUUAACAUGUAUGCGGACAUGUAUACAUCAGUUCGACAUUUUCCUUUCACGGACUUCGUGUUUUCGCGAUAUUCCUAGAGCGUGUUACUAUACGAUAAAUCUGUAAAUAUUAAAUUCUAGCGUGUAAAGAUUGAUGAACAACGAGUUGUACGUCGGACUAGCGAGCAUUUAUUAAAAAAAAAAUUUAUGCGCACAUUUUUCUAGCCUUAUUCGCACAGAGCGUAGUUUACAGUUAAACGAAAGAAAGAGAGGGUUGUCGAUUUUUUUUAAUUGUGCGCAAAUUUCGUAUCAAAUGUGUUCUCUUUUUUAUUACAAUUUACAUCAGCAAUUUAAUUUCGAAGCAAUAUUUUGUCGAUAUUAUUCAAAUAUCCAUAUUUUCAUAUGUAUCGAGUAUGUAUUCGAUUUUUUGCUGUUAUAAACUUUUUGUAUAUACAGGAUUCGAGUUAGUACAUGACGCUAUCAAAUUAAUUGAGUAUAUACGCGCGUCCGACAGUACCGUAUGCACGUGUGCGAGCAAAAAGUGCGUGUAUACGUAAAGAAAAGAACAUAUAACGGUGUAACGUUUAUCUAGCGGAUAGUGAUGAUACGCACACCGGAUAUUUAAAUGUACGAUUAUAGCCCUGCGAACUCCCCUCGAUUCGCGCGGUCGGCAUUAAGCAUUAUUUUUCUCUCGAAUUGAAUCUCUUCACGACAUGAUUCUGGCCUUUCUACGAACUGCAAUGAGACAAUUUUUUGUGUAAAUAUAUCGAGAUUAAAACGCUGUUUGUUAAACUAU